CUUUUCCCUUAGGCAGCCUCCCAGCCCCUCCUCAGAUGUUCUGCAGGAUCUUCUGCAAGUUCACUGAAAGAUUUUUUUCCUCCUUUAGAAAAAAAAAAAAAAUUGCAUGGGCCAGAGAAGGAAUUUUUCUCUGCAAAGCGCCAUUAGCAGCUCUGACCCUGCUGAGAUUGCUCCUGGUGCUGGCUUUCUCCGUGCUGCUCAACUUUGUUUUUUGAAGGGGGGAAAGGGGAGCACAAGUUCCUUCCCAAACGGUGCCAGAAGAAACCUGCCUGUGCCAAGCCUAUGCUCCUGGUUUAGGAGUGAUUAUACUUGGGUUUCUUUAAAUCUAGCAGCAUACGCUACGCUGUGCCUUUAAAUUUCAUCUGAUUACCAAAUCCAGGUCUGGAGAUCACGCAAGAGAUCCACUCAUCUCCCCACUAAAAAGAUCUAUCCAUUUGGAUCUACUGAUUCCCAAGCGGUCUAUUGGUUUCAGAUCUGUCAGUCUCCCGUUUUCAAGAUCUUUCCAUUUGAUCUUCCAGAGAUCUAUCCAUUUAAAGAUCUAUCAACUUCACAUCUGCUGAUCUCCAAAAGACCGUGGCUCUUCCUGGUUUUCGACAGGGUUUUCAGCUUGGAUUAAUUGAUCUCUAUAUCGGAUCAGUUGAACUAUUGACUCUCCGAUCUGUUGAUCUCAGAAAGAUCUAUUGAUUAGGAUCUAUCGAUCUCCCAAGGAGUCCCCAUUGCCCCGGGUGUGUACGGCAGGACUAGGAGAAGAUGUUCAGCUGGAUGAGGAAGAACGAGAAGAAGACUCCUGAGGUGAUCCACACGGUCACCGAGGGGCUGAAGAACCUGUACAAGAAGAAGCUGCUGCCCGUGGAGGAAUUCUACCGCUUCCAUGACUUCCACUCACCGGCCCUGGAGGAUGCCGACUUUGACAACAAGCCCAUGGUGCUGGUGGUAGGGCAAUACUCCACGGGGAAGACCACCUUCAUCAAGUACUUGCUGGAGCAGGACAUCCCGGGCAGCCGCAUUGGGCCCGAGCCCACCACCGACUCCUUCAUCGCGGUCAUGCACGGCGAGACCGAGGGGAUCAUUCCAGGCAAUGCCCUCAUCGUUGACCCCAAGAAACCCUUCCGCAAGCUCAACCCCUUUGGGAACACCUUCCUCAACCGGUUCAUGUGCGCCCAGCUGCCCAACCAAGUCCUGGAGAGUAUCAGCCUCAUCGACACCCCAGGGAUCCUGUCAGGAGCCAAGCAACGCGUCUGCCGGGGCUACGACUUCCCGGCCGUGCUGCAGUGGUUCGCGGAGCGCGUGGACCGUAUCAUCCUACUCUUUGAUGCCCACAAGCUGGAGAUCUCAGACGAGUUCUCAGAGGCCAUCCGAGCCCUGAAGGGCAACGAGGACAAGAUCCGGGUGGUCCUGAACAAGGCCGACAUGGUGGAGACGCAGCAGCUGAUGCGGGUCUAUGGGGCCCUCAUGUGGUCCCUGGGGAAGGUGUUCAACACCCCCGAGGUGCUGCGUGUCUACAUUGGCUCCUUCUGGGCUGAGCCGCUGCUCGUCUCCGACAACCGGCGGCUCUUCGAGCUGGAGGAGCAGGACUUGUUCCAGGACAUCCAGAACCUGCCCCGCAACUCGGCCCUCCGCAAGCUCAACGACCUGGUCAAGAGAGCCCGGCUCGUCAGGGUCCAUGCCCACAUCAUCAGCCACCUGAAGAAGGAGAUGCCCUCGGUGUUCGGGAAGGACAACAAGAAGAAGCACCUGAUCGCCAAGCUGCCCGUCAUCUUCGCCAAGAUCCAGCUGGAGCAUCACAUCUCGCCCGGUGACUUCCCCGACUGCGGCAAGAUGCAGGAGCUGCUGAUGGUCCACGACUUCACCAAGUUCCACGGGCUGAAGCCACGGCUGCUGGACGGGCUGGACGAGAUGCUGACGAACGACAUCGCCAAGUUGAUGCCCCUGCUGCGCCAGGAGGAGCUGGAGAUGCCGGAGGGUGGGGUGCAGGGCGGGGCCUUUGACGGCACCCACAACGGCCCUUUCGUGGAGGGCCUGGCCGAGGGCGCCUACGAGGGGGCGGAUGAUGAGGACUGGGUGGUGACCAAGGACAAGCCCAAGUACGACGAGAUCUUUUACAACCUCUCGCCCCUGGAUGGGAAGCUGAGCAGCACCAAGGCCAAGAGCUGGAUGGUGGGCACCAAGCUGCCCAACUCGGUGCUGGGCAAGAUCUGGAAGCUGAGCGACGUGGACCAGGACGGGAUGCUGGACGAUGAGGAGUUCGCCCUGGCCAGCCACCUCAUCGAGGUCAAGCUGGAGGGGCACGGCCUGCCCACCGACCUGCCCCACCACCUGGUGCCCCCCUCCAAGAGGAGGCAGAAGGGCUCAGCCGAGUAAACGGGCCCCAGUUCUCACCUGCCCCGUGCCAGGCUCAACUGCUCCAGGAGACCCCGAUUCCGCCCUCCCCCACCCAUGCCAGGCUGAACUGCUCCGGGAAACGCAAUCCCUCUGCCCCCCGUGCCAGGCUGAACUGCUCCGGGAGACCCUGAUGCCCCCGCUCCCCCACCUGUGCCAGGCUGAACUGCUCCAGGAGACCCCAAUCCACCUCCCUGUGCCAGGCUGAACUGCUCCAGGAAACCCCGAUCCCCCCACCCCCCAUGCCAGGCUGAACUACUCUGGGAGACCCCGAUCUCCCCCUUUUCAGCAAACCAGCCUCACCCCACCCCGGCGAGGGAGUAAUUUAGGACCUCAUGGAUGCAGGAUCAGGGUUCCUCCCCCCUGCAUCACAUCCUGAGACCAGCCGCCCUGGGAUACCUUCAUCAUCUCUGUCCCGCCACCGGGGCACGAAGCUGCAGCUGACUCUGUCGCGGCCAGCAGCCCCCGGAUCCCCCCCCUCACACACACACAAUAUUACCCGUCCAGGAGAGAAGAGAGAGGCCGCGAGCUGGACCCACUGCCCAGACCUCCAGCUGCCCCAAGUCAGCUGGGAGGAGACCUGACGUACCCCAGGGCCGUCGCCAUGUUGAAGUGGGGGGGACUUGCUGUGCUCCCAGAUCCCCAGAGCACCAGCCACACUGGGUGGGGAUCAAACCUGGGGUCUGCCAGCCACGAGCCGCUCUCCCCCACCCCGCCCCUGGGGGGGGACGGGGACAUAGAGCCAGGCUGGGUUAGCGCAAGUCACAUCCUGGCACUGCCCCCGGCAUCCUCCAUGCCCAUGUCCCGUCUGUGAUCUGUGGUGCUAGGCUGGGGGCCAGCACCAGGCCCCUCAGACCCAGAUGCAGCCCCGAGGGCUGCCUGGGGCAGAGCUACCCUAGGAGUUUGGGGGGGGAGAUCCACCCAGUGGAUCCACCCAGUGCCCAGAAUAGCUGGGUGGGCUGCAGGUAACAACCCCCCAACAGCAGGGGGCAGGGCCUGCCAAUUGGCCCCAUAUACCCCUGUAUGGCCCUGCCGCCUGCCUGCCUCCUGGUGGCAGCCUGGGGUAUUACAGCCUCAGUGGACUGCAGGCCCACUAGACGCCCCCCCCAGUGGUAGCAGGCGGUACUGCUCCUAUAUUGUACCAGCCAUGCAAUCCACUCACGGUCCGGGGGGCUAGCUGCCCCAUCUGAGCCUGAUCGGGCCCAUUCAGACCCAUCCGGGAAGUGAGGCCAAGUCUGGCAGGGUCUGUGAUUUGUAUCUGGGGGGGGGCAUUUCCCCUCCAGCCACAUGCUUUGUGUAUAUUGACCCCUUGUAUCAGACUAGCCACCCUGCACUUCAUGCCCCUGACACACCCCACUGCUCCCCCUUCCAUGUGCUGGGGGGGCAGCCCUUUGGUAUUGUUAUGGCAAAAUGUUCAUUUAUUCUGCCGUUAAACCAGGGCCUACUGGGGACAGAGCAUGAGUCACAGCAGCCCUGAGGCCACUCUAUGUUACACCAGCCGCCCCCCCGCCCAUCCCAUCCCCAAGUGCGCGAAUGGGGCAACCGAGAUUCAGGCCCUCUGUUCCCCAUCCCUGGGGCAGGAUAGUGGUCAGAGGGAUGUGGAGGGGCCCUAAUGCAGCGCUGAUCAGGUGACCAGGUUGGGGGGGGCUCCAACUGCAGGCCCCAUCUCUCUCCUGGCUGUUGUGCGAGGUUAGCCGAGGUGGUUACUGACCCUCUGGAUCUAGGGUCAGAUAUGGCUGGGAACUGGCUUUGGCCCAUUGAGGGCAACACGGGGCCUGAGCCCAGCUGGAGCCCCAGGAGGUCUUUACCCCUCGGUCUGACUGGCCCCCCUUGUGCGAGCCGGGCUCCAGGACUCUCUGUACAUCGUCUCCUCUGGCCCCGGGGCUGUAUUUAUAUCGGUUCUUCUGCAAUAAAGAGAUCUCGCAUUUA